AUGGCAGAGGAAAUGGCAAGUGAGAUAUUGAACUCUCUUGUAACUCAGAGGCCGCAUUCAGCAGAAGCAAAUCGAAACAUCAGAGUGGAAGUUAACCCAUCUGUUACCCUCAAGUUUGAAGAUGUUGUGCACAGAACCAAAAUUAGCAUAGGGCAAAGCUUAUUCUGCAAAAAGGAGGCAAGUUCUGAAGAGAAACUGGUCUUAAAAGGGAUUAGUGGUGCUGUUUUUCCAGGUGAAUUAUUAGCCAUUUUAGGCCCUUCUGGUAGUGGUAAAACAACUCUGAUAAAUGUUUUGGGAGGCCGGCUCAAUGGUACCAUUAGAGGAAACAUAACCUACAAUGGCAAACCCCUUUCAAAACCAGUGAAGCAAAACAUGGGAUUUGUUGCUCAGCACGAUGUCUUCUAUCCUCAUCUAUCAGUCAGUGAGACACUUGUCUAUUCUGCUCUUCUUCGCUUGCCAAAUAGCCUCUCUAAGGAAGAGAAAAUCUCAAAUGCUGAGGCAGUUAUGAAUGAACUUGACCUGACUCAUUGUAAGGACACUAUAAUGGGAGGGCCACUCCUAAGAGGCGUUUCAGGUGCAGAACGGAAGAGAGUUAGCAUUGGGCAAGAACUGUUAACAAAUCCAAGUCUCUUGCUUGUUGAUGAGCCCACUUCAGGUCUUGACUCAACCGCAGCUAGACGAAUUGUGCUAACUCUGUGUGAGUUAGCUAAAGGUGGAAGGACUAUCAUAAUGACUAUCCACCAGCCUUCCAGCAAACUUUAUUACAUGUUUGAAAAGAUUUUACUGUUAUCAGAAGGUAGUAGCCUGUACUUUGGGAAGGGAGAAAAUGCUAUGAACUACUUCUCUAGUAUCGGAUAUGCUCCAUCUUUAGCCAUGAAUCCUUCAGAUUUUCUGCUCGAUCUUGCAAACGGUAUAUAUUCUGGAAAUUCAGAAAAUGAUACAAAAGCAACAAAACAAGCGUUAUUAGCUGCUUUUGAGAGUAACCUUGCAUGCCAAGUGAAGAUGGAACUUCAAAAUGACAGGGUUUCAUUACAUGAAAGUUCGGAAGCAGAGAUAUUUGGUCAAUAUUGCACAACCUGGUGGCAACAGUUUAACAUAUUACUAAGAAGGGGUUUCAAAGAAAGAAAACAUGAGCAAUUUUCAGUCCACAAAAUCUGUCAGGUUUUGGCCUUAUCAUUUUUCGCAGGUCUUCUCUGGUGGCAGUCUAGAAUUGAUGAAAUGCAUGACCUGGUAGCAUUACUUUUUUACUAUACACAAGUGUGGGGAUUCUUCCCUAUGGUCCAGUCCAUCUUUACUUUUCCUAGUGAUCGAGGAAUGAUAAUAAAGGAAAGGUCUUCCUACAUGUAUAGACUCUCAUCUUACUUCAUAGCAAGUAAUGUUGUUGACCUUCCAGUACAGCUAGCCUUACCAUCAUUUUUUGUCACCAUUACUUAUUGGAUGGGAGGGCUAAAAGCCAAUGCUUCAAACUUCUUCCAAACUCUAGCUGUUGUUCUUCUCUAUGCUUUGAUAUCACAGAGUGUUUGGCUUGCUAUUGGUGCACUGCUUGUAAAUAAUCAAAGGGUGGCUGCUUCAGUUGGAUCAGUGGUCAUGACAUUAUCUGUUCUAGUCAAUGGCUACUUUGUUCAAAAUAUGCCAGCAUCUAUAUCCUGGUUAAAGCGCAUAUCUCAUAGCUAUUAUUCCUAUAAACUCUUGCUGGGGUCACAGUUCAAGUAUGAUGACACUUACCGGUGUGGUUCAAAUUUCACUUGCUUAGUUGGGAACUAUCCUGUAAUUAAGCAUGUAGGCCUUGACAAGCAAGGUUUCUCUGUUGCUGCCUUGGUGGCAAUGCUUGUAGGCUACAGACUUUUUGCCUAUUUUGCCCUUAUGAUUGGUAUGAAACAAAAUUAG